CAUUUACAAUAACCUAAUUCCCAAAUGGGUAGGCUUUCCUCCGCCGUAGAAAUCCCAGACGACAGGCAUCGGAGCCACCGGAACGGUGACGGCGGCCGGUACUCACCUCAGCGGAGCUCGCACUACGACAAUCGACGUCGAUAUCGAAGUCCUAGUCGUAGCCGUAGUCCUAUCAGAAACCGAAACCGAAACCGUAGCCUGAGCCGAAGUGUUAGCGGGAGUCGGAGUCGGAGUCCGGCUUAUAGUCCAUAUAGAAGCCAGCAAGCGUCACAUACCAAUGGACGAAGCAACCGGCGAUCGUUUUCUCCAGAUCGUUCUUACCGUAGACCAAGCCCUACGAAUGAACCUCCUAGGAGAUUUGGACGGGGGAAGAAACCUUACCUUGAUCGAGAUCAUAAGAGUGGAAGAACUGCAGAUUCUGAUUCGGAUGAAGAGCUUAAAGGUUUGAGUUUUGAGGAGUACCGGAGGCUAAAACGUCAGAAAUUGAGGAAACAGUUGAAGAAUUGUAUUUGGAAUUGCACACCAAGUCCACCUAGGAAAGAAAAUGAGCCGGAAUAUGAAGAACCUGAUGAAAUUGCAGAAAAAAUCGAAGACGAGAUGGUAAAGAAGGAGGAUGGAUCCAAAAAGGAUGUGAAGAGGUCAAAAACUAAGUCUUCCGGAAGUGAGCCCGAUUCCGAAUCCGAAUCAGAUGCAUCGGAUUCUGACUCAGAGGCUUCAGAUUCUGAACCGAGGAAAUCUAGGAAGAGGAAGAAAUCCAGUUCUAAACGUAGGAGUAGGAGAUCGCGAAGGAAGAGUGUGAGUGAAUCAGAGGAAGAGUCUACUGAUGAUUCAUCAUCCGAAGAAGAAAGGAACAAAAGAAGGAAAAAGUCGAGGAGAAAAGAGAGUAGCAGGAGACAUAAAAGGGGUAGUAGUAGCAGGAAGAAAAGAAGCAAAAGGAAAAGCUAUUCAAGUGAGAGUGAGAGUAAAAGCAAGAGCGAAAGCGAAGAUGGUGAAAUUGAUGAUUCUGAUGCUAGUAAGAAGCAAAAGAGUGCUUUGAAGAGUAAGAGAAAGAAGGAAGGGGAUAGUGACAUACCAGAGAAGAGCUUGGAGUUGAGUGAUGACGCUGGAAUUAAUGAGACGAAGGCUGAUGAAGCAAUGAUAGAUGAAGUUAAUGGUGAGGUGCUUGAAUUUAAAGAACUGAUUGAGGCAAGGAAGAGGAGUAAUUUUGAAGAUGAGGCCCCAGUUGGUCCAAUGCCCUUGCCAAGGGCUGAAGGACAUAUCAGCUAUGGUGGGGCACUUAGGCCUGGUGAAGGUGAUGCUAUUGCCCAAUAUGUUCAGCAAGGGAAGCGUAUUCCACGUAGAGGUGAAGUGGGUCUUUCUGCUGACGAGAUUUCGAAAUUCGAGGGUCUUGGCUAUGUGAUGAGUGGUAGUAGGCAUCAAAGGAUGAAUGCUAUUCGUAUCAGAAAGGAAAACCAAGUUUACAGUGCUGAAGACAAGCGAGCGUUGGCUAUGUUUAACUAUGAGGAGAAGGCUAAGCGUGAGCAGAAGGUUAUGGCUGAUUUGCAGCGCCUUGUGCAACGCCACAUUGGUCAGGAUACUGAAACUUCUCACGAUCCGUUUGGAGGGAAGUCUACAGAAGCAGCUGAUGAUUGAUCCUUUUGUAUGUUGUUUACUUAAAUUUUGGUGCUAUUGCUGUUAUGUGUAGAAACGUGAUUGUUUUAUCUAGAAAGUGGAGAUUGAUAAUA